CAAGAGGUGGCAGCAGCAGCUGGGUUCAGUGUUGUUGUUUGUUGUGCUCUGCCUUUCAGUCCUCCUCCUCCUCCAAUAAUAAGGCGAAAUGCCUUGAAAUGAAAUGAAAUAAAAAAAGGGUCUUAAAUCUGGAGAGUGUGAUGCCAGUGCUUCCGCCAAACUGCCCUGUAGGUUUGGGCUAUUUAGCUGAUCCUGAAUCUCUGGAGGGACAGUUACUCAGGCACACGACGGAGGGAAAGAGCAAAAAGGCCAAGAUGCUACUGAAAAGAGGUGUGGAUGUGGAUUGCCACAACACCGCUGGACAGACCGGUUUGUAUCUUGCUGCCCUACUGGGACGUGCUGCUGUUGUCCGACUAUUUCUCAGUUUUGGUGCCAAUCCCAACCACCGCUGCUACGAUGGUAGUACCCCAGUCCAUGCAGCAGCUUUCUCUGGCCACCAAAGGCUUCUUGGCAGCAUUCUGCAAGCGGGGGGUGAUUUACGAUGCCAUGACCAAAAAGGCCGGACACCUAAAGAGUGGGCCCAGCAAAAUGGGAGUGAGCAAAAUACUGAGGUCAUAGACUUCAUACAGCAAUGUUGUGGCCAGAUGGCUAUGCUAGUACAGCAUGUGGACCAGUCACUCUACUCAAAAGCUCUAGCAGCAUCUCCACGCAGCCUGCGUUCUUCUUUGUCAUCGCUCUUAUCUUCCUCCUGGAGUCUAGACAGCCCUAAAAUGUUUGGAAGCAUUAAAGAGCCAGCUAUAGGAUAUGGACAACUCUGGCCAAGCAGAUACCAGCCGCCAGGGUUGGCUGCCUUCAUAUUCAUUGUAGACAGCAGUAACCUCAUCAGGGGCCAAGGAGAGCCAGACUGGAGCUACGAGAAUGGACCAUACACACUCAUGAGAAACUUGCUAUGGAAUGGACAAUUUGUCACUGUGCGAAGCUUAAAGCCAGAAGCUCACCCCAACUGUAGUAAAAUGCGGGGUGCCAUGGACGUGCUCCUAGCUGAACAAGAAUACUGCAGUCAGCUCCAUCAUCCCCAUCUGCUGCUUCUCCUAGCUGUGAGUUUAUCCCUGGAUCUCCAAAAUCUCCAACUUGUCUUUGAGAGAGUAGAGAUGUGCUCCCUCUACUAUGCCUUGCACUGUGAGAAUUCCAGCUCCCCAGCACCCUCAGCAACUCUGCGACUGCUGCUGCAGGUUUCUGAAGCUCUGUCAUUUCUACAUUCUUGGGGGCAUAUCCAUCGUGCUGUGACCUCUCAUGCAAUUCAGCUAGUAAGGCCCGGACUUGCCAAGCUCAGCAACCUCGAGUACAUGCAAAAAAGCACAGAGAAAGACAAUUUAACCUGGCCUAUUCAGCCGCCUCUUCCUCUCUACAACUGGCUACCCUUGGAAGUCAUUAGGGAGCGUCCAGCCUCAGUGAACUCUGACCUCUACAGCUUCUGCACAGUGAUCCAGGAGAUCUUCACAGGUGAAAUCCCUUGGGUUGGAUUGGAUGGCUCCACUGUGAAGGAGAAGAUGGAAGCAGGACAAUCUCUCUUUAUUGAUGCUCGUGUUCCUCAGCCUUUUUAUGAAGUGAUCAAAGAUGGCACUGCCUUAAAGGAACGAGACCGGAAGGGAACCUUCCCAAACUUACGCUAUUUGUUACGGACGGUCCGACAGGAUGCCAAAGGGGGGUCUCCUCUGAUUUCAUCAGUUGCAUCGUCAGCAAAGAAGCUCUCUCUGUGGGCAGGACAGACCGAGACAGAUGAAUCAUCCCUCCCAGUCAUUCCAGAAGAACCACCUUACUUUGAGGUGGAGUCUAGUGGCAGAAGUGCAGAACAAAGCACAUCCAACACCCAGCCUGAGAGCCAGACAAUUGGACAAGAGCAGAAAAGUGGAGAACAAGAGACAAGUAGUCCUUGCAAAUCUUCUAUGGAGAAGCACCAGAGAUCCAACUCUGACAGCACAUGUGAACCAGGGAGCAGUGGAGAAGAAGAAUCAUCUGUGUCUGAUAACAGGAGCCUAGUGUCUGCGGGCAUGGGAGAUAACAUUGUCAAGCAGGAGGCAGUGUUUGUGAACAGUCUGGAGGACUCAGCCUGUCUCUUGGCAAAAGCCCAAGCCUCCUUAGAAAACCUGGAGAAACGUUUUACGUCUGGCAUCCACAUGUUAGAGUCAUUCGUCAGCCAGCAAGGGAUGCCAGGUCGAAGCAGCCACAGCGAUGAAACCCUGCUGAGACGAGAAAAUUGCAAGGAACAUAUCUCAAAUCGCUCUCUUCAAACCCUCAUUGAUUUAUCAGCCAAUGCCAGGAAAAAAGUCCAGAGGAAUCCUGUCUCAGCUGAGGUUUGCCGAAGGUGGGAAAAUACCAUGGAAGGGCCUUUUUGUUGCAUGCACACGCUUGACCUUCUUCAGGAGAUCAUCCAGGAGCUUCAGGGAACAGGUGAUUCCCCCUCUGUGAGCCAGAGACAGCGAGGAAGGAGUGAAAAAGAAAAAUCUUUUGAUUUGCAACAAAAGAAUACUGCUCCAGACUCCAGCACGGGACAAGGAAAGGUUGCUAGUAUGAAGGACUCAUAAAUUAUCAUCACUAUUCUUGUCUUUUUGGGGAUUGGACUGGAACCAGCCAUCACUCCCUUUCUGAAAUAAGUUACCUGCUCCCUUGUGUAGGAACUAGGGAGCGUCUCACCAACCCAGCAUCUUCAAUUCACAACCUGUGAUAUUUUCAAUUAAGAAGCUCUCUGCUCUGCCUUAUAAGAUCUACUUGUAAUUUUUGUUAUAAUUUACAGAGACCUGGGGUAAGAUGAAGUGCUGUGGGUCAGUUUUAUUGGUUGAAUCCUUGGACACUGGUGAUCGUUGGUUAGGAUCACAGCCCUUCUAAAUCUUCUUAGAUUCACUUUGUUUCAUGCUUUUGUUUUUGUUUUUUUACUCUCACAAAUCUCUACACCAUAAAACAGGAAGUCACAUCUAUAGUAUCUUAGUUCCUUGUUUUCGAUGCUAGUCUUGUUGGAGCAAUCAACUGCAUCAUAUAAAUAGCAGUCUCACAGAGAGGUUGGGGAGGAUUAGAACUGCAAUGAUUCUAAUGAUCCAUUAGAUCAUCUAUCCUUCCCAAGACAUGGCACCAAUUUCAGUGGAAUCUUAGCAUGGGGGAGGUUGGUUAAAAUUUGUCAUGCAUUAUGGUUCCAGUCCUGCUUUGAAGAAAUAGAUAUAUUUACAGUUUUUAAAAGUAUGUUAAUUGUUUUUAAACAGUAAGGUCAUCUUUGCCCUUAUUCUAGCCCUUCAUUUUAGUUUUACCAAAGAAAGCCAUACAAUAUACACGAAAUAACAAAGUUUUUUUGUUAAAAAUGAAAAUGAACCAAGUUAGUUUUCUUGUUCUCUUCUGUCUGCAUAAAAGUAGUAUACAUUUAUCUGGGGAUGUCCCAGUCAGCUGAAACAGGUAUUGCUUUCAUAAUGUAACAGUGCCAUGUACCCCUUAGACCAUUGCCUGGGUUAUGGAUGUGACUUGAGAAAUCUGCUGUACAGCACUACUACAAUAAAAUUCAGUAU